AUGGCAGUCCUAGAUCGUAGUUUUUGCAAUGAGAAGUGGCUUGAUUUCUUUAAGAAUGUGAAGCAACGGGUCUUGGUGUCCUCAAUGUCUGAUCAUGCCCAGUUAUUAAUAGCUUCAGAUGAUAUUCCAAAGCCUAGAAAUAUCCCCUUUCGUCUCCACAGUUUCUGGAUGGAAAAUGAAAGUUUUAUUUCGGUGGUGGAAGACGCUUGGAGGGGUCAGUUUGGUGGUGACCGUAUUUUCAUCCUGGCAUCUAAAUUAAAAAGAGUUAAGGGGAUGUUGAGACCAUGGGUGAGGUCUACUUUUCCUAACUUGAACGAUGAGCUAAAGAAGGUGAGGCUGGUUCUUAAGGAGGUUCAGGAUAUGAUUGAAGUAGCUGGUAUGAAAAACAAAUUGUUUAAUAAAGAAGCAAAUGCAAAGAUAGCUUUGUUGAAAGCAAGUCAGUUGCACGACAAGUUGUGGGCAGAGAAGGCAAUACUAGGAUGGAUAAAAGAUGGAGACUGUAACUCCAAAUUUUGUCAUCUAUCUGUGAAAUUAAGGCGUGCUAAAAAUCAGAUUACCACUUUGAGAAAGGAGGAUUGUUCAUGGAUCUCCGAUCAGAGUGACAUUGCUUCCUAUAUUUCUCAAUUUUAUCAGAGGCUUCAUGAAGCUUCUGAAAUCGUUGUUCACAGUGACCUGUUAGAAAGUAUUCCAAAAGUGUUGGAAGAGGAUGAUGUGGUGGAUCUGGAGGCUGCUCCGAGCAGGGAUGAAAUCAUGCUGGCAGUGUGGGACAUGGAUCCCCCUAGCUCGCCUGAUCCAGAUGGCUUUCCUGGUAGUUUCUUUCGAAAAUGCUGGCCGAUUGUUGAGGAUGAUUUUUGUAGGGCUGUUAAAAAAAUUUUUGAGGCUGGUCAACUUCCUAAAGGGAUUAAUAAUUUUUUUAUAUCUUUCAUUCCUAAAGUUAAGGAGGCAUCUUCCCUUGAUAGGUUCCGUCCCAUAUGUAUGGGGAAUUUCUUCUGCAAGGUUUUGACUAAGAUUAUGGCAUCUAGGCUUCAGGUUUUAUUACCCCGCUUGAUCUCUGACGAGCAAGGUGCCUUCCAUAAAGGUAAAAUCAUUUCAGCAAAUAUUAGCAUGGCAUUUGAGCUCUCCAAUAUGAUGCACUCAGUGGUAAGGGGUGGUGGUAUGGGGCUGAAGUUGGAUGUCCAGAAGGCUUUCGAUUCCUUAUCCUGGGAUUUUUUGUUCACCACUUUGAAGAAGUUCAGUUUCUCUACAAGUUGGAUAUCUUGGGUUCACCAAAUUUUGGUUUCCUCUCGGGUGUUUGUGCUUGUAAAUGGAGGUCCCGUGGGUUUUUUUGAGGUGGGUUGUGGUCUUCGCUAA